CUUGAAAGUCUAGAAUGCUCGCAGAUAAAAUGCAUAGGAAGUGUAAUUGAGAAGUUUGAGCCGAGGCCCGCCAGUCUGGCACCCACUCCACAAGAAGAGUUCACGGUUACCAAGGUACAAGUCCUCCUUUCAUUUCUCAGAGCCCCGGAACACACUCAACCUCACGCAUCUGUGGCGCUCAAAUAGGCACUCUCCAGCCCUAAUCAGGAUUCAGCCUGCCUAUGCCGAACCCGAUUCUUCCGUGUAACAAGAGGUGCUUACAACCUUAAUACCACGUGGAACGGAGCCGUGGUCUGAGACGGGUCCUGGAUAAAGAGCUCGCAUGCAAGUUCAGAUCAUGAGAUGCGGGGAUCUACGACACUUUUUGAGAGUCUACUUGUGAUGUUCGGCCUUGCUGCUGAGCUGUCCCCAGAUUCGGAUCAUCUGAUAUACCUCCUCCGACCGGGAACGCUCUUUUGCCUAAUAUUCUUAUGCCUGUAUGGCGGGGAAACUAUUAGUUUUAGCACUAGCCCUGUCAUAUUUUUAGUUCCGUUUCGAAUGAGUGACUAGAAGGUCACUUUGUAGCUGAAGAUUGAGAAAAUCUUGGAGGUCAAGAGAUCUCAUAGUGUGUGUUAUGUCUUAACUGAGAAGGAAUAAGGACCAGUGGGAAUAUCUUCCUGCGGCUAAAUUCUCUCGGAAAGAUGGAGAUGUUUGUCUCCACUGUUCGUCCCUGAUCGAAAGCUUGAACCUUUUUGGUUCAUGCGGAACUGAAUCGUGCGAAAUAUGGGACGUCUACUAAUGUAGCUCCGCUCGGCCCUGGUAACCUACUCCAUGAGGUUGAUCGUACCUGACUCUUGAUAUAUGCUUCUCACCUCUGGUCUUGUCCUUCGUUCUGGCACCGCUUCUGUUUACUUCUGCUCUAUUGUAAUCAAAAAUCCACUCGAUCUUCAAAAUGUAUCUGACUGCUGCCGCAACACUUCUCCUCCUAGGUAAAGCUCUCGCUUCUCCUAUUGAGGUCGAGGAACGUCAAACGAGCUGUCCCAAUAUUCACGUUUUUGGUGCCCGAGAGACAACUGCACCCGCUGGAUAUGGAACUGCUGGUGUGGUCGUGAACUUGAUCCUCAAUGCCCACCCAGGAGCUACCUCCGAAGCCAUCGUCUACCCAGCCUGCGGCGGACAAGCCUCGUGUGGAGGAGCCAGUUACGGGAACUCCGUCUUGGCUGGUGUGAAAGCCGUCGCAAGUGCCGUCAACUCGUUCAACACCAGGUGUCCAAAUACUCUCUUGGUCAUUGUGGGAUACUCUCAGGGUGGUCAAAUCUUCGAUAACGGCUUCUGUGGAGGUGGUGACACCAAUGUCGGCUUGACAGAUACUUCUGUCCCCAUUCAACCUUUCGCGGUAAACAUGAUAAAAGCAGCCAUCUUCAUGGGAGACCCAAGAUAUAUCCCAGGCCUACCAUACAACGUCGGUACCUGCAAAGCCUCAGGCUUUGCACCCCGCCCAGCUGGCUUCCAGUGUCCCUCAGCAGCCAAGAUACAAUCUUACUGUGACGCAGCGGAUCCAUACUGCUGUAACGGCAGCAGCCAAGCCACUCAUCAGGGCUAUGGCACUGAGUACGGACAAGCAGCUUUGACUUUCGUCAAUGGGAAGCUUGCUUCGGCUGGAACUGGAGGUGGAAACACACCUACAACCACUGCGGCAACCACGCCGACUGGUACAACAGCUCCAGGUACGGGAUCUGGCCCUGUUGCUCAGAAGUACGCCCAGUGUGGUGGUUCUGGAUGGACUGGUGCGACGACUUGCGUAAGUGGCUCUACUUGUAAGGUUCAAUCUCAAUGGUACUCUCAGUGCUUGUAA